AACCAUCUCAGUGCCGGAUUACUCUAAUUCGCCACUACUGAAGCAUGUUCCGAGCUUCUGCCAAAGUUAUCAUGUUGUUGUUCUGCCACUCGCACCCACUGUGGGAGGAGUUUCGCUCGCCAGGGUGACUCAGUCAUUGUUGUCAGCAAGACUUGUUCCGUCUGGUCACUUGCCACAUAUCACCGUUCAUCUUGGAUGCCAGUGCCUCCGUUUGCAGCCCAACAAAAUCCGUGAACAAAAUAGGUGCAGAUGUCGUUUCAGAUAACUCCAGGCCGCUCUUCUCGGGUGAAAAACUCACGGAAAUCCACUGCUUCCUCUCUGGGGCUCCGACGUUCAACUUCUUCCCCUUCCUCUAGUCCGCGCGUUCGCAAAACCUCUUCGGCUUCAAGGCCUACCUUAUCCCAGGGAAAUACUGAAGAACUAGCACUGGACGAUACCGGAGCUAUUGUCUCACUCGCGGUAAAUUUUCACUUUCGAGAUGUCAGGGAGUGCGUACAACACAUCCGAACUGCGAUGUUUGAGGAUAUUCCAGAAUCAGGGGCUGGGAUGAAUUCAACUCGAAUAGCGGAGGUACUGAACUUCCGCAAAAAUCUGCCUCCCAUCGUUACGGUGGCCCAUGUCGAUGCACUGAGCAGAUCGUCGACUAGGACAGAGCGGGAGAUCAAUGAGCUGGCGCAGGCUGGCGUUUUGAGGAGAGUGAUCCUACCGCAUCGCGGUGGAGGGGCAGCUGAUAUAGGAGACGGUUUGGCUCUUGUAGAGGAGUGGGACAAGUUAGUUCUGUCCCAUCCUGAUUUGGACGAGGGAGUGAAGUCCAAAUAUCUGUCACUAAUCCACGGCAACCCAACAUCAGCAACAAUAUCUGGAGACUCCUUCACCGCUCCCGAGCUGAAAACGCUUAUGGCCUCUGGUUUUCUCACGACUCCUACUGGCGGCAGUUCUGUGUCUUCCCUCUUUGCAUCACCAGGUGCAGGAACCCUCUCGGGACUUUCAACUGCGGGCUCGCGACAUGCAGCAGGGUCGCUUGCUGCUGUUGGUGGUGCCCAAGCUGCUCAUCAUAUAUCCGGCGGCCGUCCCAGCUGGAAGCCCGGUUCCUCAUUGUAUACUUUCUCUCUGCCAAAUACUGGUUCCCACAUCAAGCUCGUCACCGAUGCACGCAACCACUUCCUCUCUCUGCUCAAGAAGUCAAAAUACAAACAAGCACCGCUGGAUGUCCUGCGCGAGCGCUGGGACGGUGGCGUUCCAGGGUCGGAUGAACAGACGCGUGCGAAGAGGGUUAGGGGAGAGUUCGCUGGCGUGCUACCUGGCCGUACGAAGAAAUGGAAGCAGUUUUUCGGCAUGAAGUUUGAGUGGAUAUUGGAAGAGUGCGUCGGCGCAGGACUAGUCGAGUGUUUCGAGACAGGAAGUGUCGGUUUGGGCGUUAGAUUAUUAGCUCGAUAACUGUAAUCGAAGCUCAUUUUGACCCCCUUCCUGCAUGACAUGAUGUGAUAUGAUUUUGGCUCUAGAUAAAUAACUUCGCUGGUUUGCGGUCGUUAGGGAAAAUCCACAGCCAAGUCUAAGCGGCAGUGGGGU